CGAGUGCGCUGCGUGCUUCUGUAAUACGUAAUGACGUACUCUUAGCAACCAUCAUGGCGACCAAGAAGCUUUAUAAAUAAGUAGCUGUUUACAGCGACAGUUCUGUUGUAUUCUGAGCAUGGGAUACUUGGCUGUGUUUACAAGCAUGGAAGGAAAGCGAGCACUCUGCCCUGGUUCGACUGGCAAGCUGACUAAUCGACGCAUUAUUGAAGAUCACAUGAUCUCUCACUACAAAAAGCUGCACUCCGCAAAAGCUGCAGUGGACUGUUCAGUACCCAAAAGUAUGCGCUGUAAUGUCAAAUAUAUUGAACAAAAGCGCAGUGAACAGAUAAAAAAAGAUGUCUCUGAGAGAACACAAUCAGUAAGGUCUCUUUCACAGAGGAGCCUCAGGUUGGAAAAUAUUACCUCUCGCUCACCCACAAAUGCCGGACCCUCUGCUCGAGGUGCUGAGAGUGCCUGUUUUAACUCCGGUGGCUCUGUCAUGUCCUCCCCAAGGUUCAGUACUUCAUUCCAUUCUAAGCAAAUAGUGUAUCCUUCCCAAAUGGCCGCAUGGUCUCAGAACUGCCGGCCAUCUUCAGAAUUAAGUUACAGAAGCCCAAAAUCUCAGAGUCACCACUUUACUCUUUCAUGUGCCACAUCAAGUCAAGUCAAGAGAGAGAAGUUUAAAAGUUUUCAAGACCCUAUACAGAAAACCUACAGUGGUGACAUUCUUUUUAAACAUGCCCACUGUUUCAAGGAAGAAAAGCCUUUCACCCCCAGAACUCUGAAAACAGAUUGCCCACAGAAGUCCACUCUGUCUACCUAUCGGUAUUACACUCCUGCAAGUAGGAAAGGACCUGAAGAAAAGACACCCUCUAAAUAUAAUCACCCAGACACUCAUCAAAGAAGCAAGCGAAGAUUUUCAACAGAACAGGACUCACCCCAGCCAUGUAGUGUUGACCAUGAAUGGUCUGAUGAAGAGUCAAAUGUAUUUGAACAUUAUGGCACCGAAAAUAAAUUCAGAGCCAGUGAUUUUUUUCUUAGCUCCUUAAGGGUAUCACCAGACGGAAUGAGGUCUCCAAUUAUGAGAAAAGUAACAGCAGAAGAGGAAGAAUUAAUGUACCUGGAGUUUAUUGCUGAUGUAACAAAUGAGAUUAUACUACGGGGCAUCUAUUCUGACAGAGUACUGGAGCGGGUGUUUGAGCGUCACAUUGAGAUGAAUAAACAUCGAUUAGAUGAAAACAAAAUGCGCCACCUUCUGGAAGCAUUGCAGAAUGAUUUGCAAAAGCCCCCUUCUUCUGCUGUUACUGUUCUUGAGAUCAAGGAAAGAGACAGUUCUUUAUGGCACAGACACAAGGACUCAAGUCUUCAGCAAGACUUGGGAAAUUUUAUGACCGAUGAUACCAGCCUUCUCUCUUUUAAACCUUUAAGGGAUAAGGACACGUGGGAACCUGACGUAGUCGCUCCUACAUUAGACACCACACCAGUAAAUGGCAGCAUUUCAAAGAAUGCCAAGUCUGUUACACAAGAAGAUAAAAGGGACCUAAUGGACCUGGAGCAAGAUCAUAAAAAAGGAGAUGCAAUACCUCCGGGUUUGGAAAACCAUCAGCUCAACAAAGAAGACCGGCAUCAGAGCUGUCCCGAUAAUGAUGAACUUGAUGAACUUGGUAGAAACAUGGAGUUCUUAAAUAUGUCUGAGAUUGACAGCUCACAAGAGUUCACUGAACAAGAGUCAUUUGUGAAACUUAGUGAUGAUGAUUUUUGACAUACAGUAUAUCAAUUGAGUUCAAGUAUUCAGUUGCCUUUUGUAAGGCAAGUAACCUCAAUAAAUACACAUUGCUGAGUGUUUAGGUUUUCUGGUCUCAUGUGGAACUUUUGAUUAUUUUAUAAUAAUCAAAUCAGAAUAUAACCUCCCAUUGCAUUUUUGCAGUCCCUAUACAAAGCAACCACCAUGAAGAGAAGAGACUUAUUUUGCUGCAGAUAACAUGACCUGUCUUAUCCACAGCUGCUUAAUAAAUACAGUAAAAUAGUUUACACUGAACAGUUCAGUGCAGUUUGUGCGGAAAGUGACAUUUGACAUGAGUGACAUGGCAAUGAACUGGUUAUCAUGAAAGGCUGAUCAGUUGUUACUUGGUCUGUGUGUAUUGUUGCUUCAUUAGUUGACGAACAAGAAAGCUAACAGAAACUGUAGAGUUCAUUCUAAAUGCAGUAUUUGGAUUUGGUGUAUUUUGCUUUUGUUGCAUAUGAACCAAAUAAGUGUUAAUAACAGUAAAGGUAUUCACAAGGCUGAAAUCUCACAAUAUAGUAGAGCUACUGCCAAUCAUUAAAUGUGCAUUAGAAGCUUACCAUUUGUUAGACUGUUAGAAGCAAAAUGAAUUAUUGAGCCUAGCAAGGGCCACUGUAGGUCAUGGAGAACUAAAGAGUAUUUUCAUUACAGACAAACAUUUUCAAACAGUUGAACAGAUGAAGACCACAUUUCCAAGAUGAAGGCACAGAUUUGUUAAACACUAGCUACCAUAAAAAGAAGCCAUGCUGCAGGGAUUAUUUUGAUAGAAAGAUUUUUCAAUGCAAAUGCUCAGUCAAUUCAAUGUUUAUUUAAAUACUUUUAUUAAUAAAUAUUAAUGUAUUUAUGAUUA